GAGCCGGGAGGUGCGGGAUGGGGCCUCCAAGCGAGAGCAGAUGUCGUGUCUGCUGGGGAAGGUUAAGUCCGGUGGUGCAGGUUUUCUGCUGAGCGUGCGAGGAGGGCUGGAGAGCCACCUUUGAAGUAGCCCUCGGGGCGACCGGCUGGAGAGAAAUGGACUUAUCGUAGAUAUGCUUGCUUGCAGUGCUUCCAUCAAGCGAGACGGGAGGCUCACAGAAGUGAAUGCUGGACUGGGCUUUGCGGAUGCAGACGCAGACGCAGACGCAGGGAGGAUCAGGUCCAUGCUGUUGCUGGCUCGGGGGCCCAAAGCCAAGGUUUGGCUUUGGCUCUGUCAUCUCAAGCCACCAGUACCCCCUAGAGCCCUGGGAAAUGAAGCCCUGCACAUGAGGCCCCGGCAUUUGUCGGGGCAGGGCCCUGCAGAGAGGGGCAGUCAAGGCCCAUCCCAAGGCCCUGGGCUUCGAAUCAGGCUGCUCAUCACUGCCCUGUUUGGGGCUGGGCUAGGUGGGGCCUGGCUGGCCGCCAGGGCUGAGAAGGAACAGUGGCGGCAGCAACGGCGGACAGAAGCCCUGCGCCAGGCUGCUGUGGGACAGGGCGACUUCAGCCUAUUGGACCACCAAGGCCAGGCUCGCUGCAAGGCUGACUUCCGGGGCCAGUGGGUGCUGAUGUACUUUGGCUUCACACACUGCCCAGACAUCUGCCCAGACGAGCUAGAGAAGCUGGUACAGGUGGUACAGCAGCUGGAAGCCAAGCCUGGCCUGCCCCCCGUGCAGCCCAUCUUCAUCACUGUGGACCCUGAGCGGGAUGACGUGGCAGCCAUGGCCAGAUACGUGCAGGACUUCCACCCAAGACUGCUGGGUCUAACAGGCUCUGCUGAGCAGGUGGCCCAGGCUGGCCGCAGCUACCGUGUAUACUACAGUGCUGGCCCCAAGGAUGCAGACCAGGACUACAUUGUCGACCACUCCAUUGCGAUCUACUUGCUCAACCCUGAUGGCCUCUUCACAGACUACUAUGGCCGGAGCAAGUCUGCUGAGCAGAUUGCAGACAGUGUGCAGCGGCACAUGGCUGCCUUCCGCAGUGUCCUCUGAACCACUGCAGCCUGGGCCCAUCACUAAACCAUGCAUCUGAGCUCUGUGUGUGUGUGAUCUGUGCCAGCACCCCACAGGGGCCAGGCAGCUCACUUCUCUGCAUAGAGUAGGCAAUUUCAGUGGGUCCUGUUUUAAGGGUGAGUGAGAUGGCAACACCACUUUUAUUAGGUUGGCCCAGGCAGGAGGCAGAGAGCAACCUCUCAGCACACAGGGAGAACAGGCCCACCUUCCCCUUGAGCUCCUACUCAGGGUUGGGCCAUGGAGGGAGCCGUGUAGGUCUGGAAGCGCUUGUGGGCUCGCUGGUGGGUGAGCAGUCUCAGAGACAUGGUGUCCACAGCCGCUUCCAGCCCUGGCUGUUGGCUGAUCUCCACUGUGUAGUCAUUGGCCUGCAGAGGCAAGCCAUCAGCAGGGUGUGGGGACCAUUUUCCCCACCCAUGUGACCCAAGCCACUCACCAGCUGCAAGGAGGCCAGCAUGGCACGACACACCUCAAAGGCAGGCUGGCCAGCCACCAGCUCUGCAAAGGGACACCAUUCGUUGAGCUGGGGAAAUCGGGAGACCACCUGGUCCCCGUAGGUGUGGAUAUCAAAGGGCACGUGCUGCUCCUGUGUGGGGGAGGGGCAUGUUGGUGACAAGGAGGGGUAAGACCCGGACAACGCUCAGGCAGGAAGCUCCAGUCCUCAAGAAGUGCCCUGCCUGCCUCACCUGCUCCAGGAGCAAGGGCUGGAUGGUGUCUUCCCAAUCCCGGACGCGCUGACUCAGCUCUGUCUCCUGGACAAACUUCUGGGAGGUGGCAAUGAAGAGCUCCUGGAAGAGAACGCAGGGACUUCGUCUUGCGCCUGAGGCUCCCUCGCCCACUCCCUGCCUCUGACCCAGGCCUACCACAUUCCUUCGAACCAGCUCCUCGUAGCUCAGGGAUUCUGGCAUGGCCUCUGCAUCUGAGGAGGGCCGCCUGUGAGCUGCUGCAGCUGCAGUGCCACCACACCCUCCCUCCCACAGUUCCAGUUCCCUCAGACCUACCCAGGUCAGCAGCCUCCCCCGGCUUUGCCCCCUCGGGCUCCACAUACUCCUCGGGCUCCAGAAAGUCAUCUGCUGAGACGUGGGAUUGGCAACCACAGGCAGGAACUCAGCCGGUGCCGUUGCUGAGCCCCACCCCAGUGCCAGCAAGCACCCACCUGCUGCUCCCAGGUCUUCCAGGGACUCCUCCAGGCGGUCAUCCUCUGCAGGCCACAAGCCCUCCUCAGCCCUAGGCAGCCACCGCUCAGUUAUCUGGAGAGAGCAUCUGUAAGGGCACUGUCAUCUCCCAUCAGGGGUCCCAUGGUGUCCCAGACCUCAGCCAAAGGGGUACUCACCUCCCGCCUCUGCAGCUUCCGAAGGGUCUCAAGCUGCUCCUUCACAUGCUUCCAGUACAGGACCUCCAUGUCUGCAGACAAAAGCCUUGUGAGGGGCUCCCCAUCCUGUCCAGGCUCAUUCUGGUUCACCCAGGGCCUGCGGUAACCCUGGUCGGGGUGGAAGAAGGUAGAGUAGGGCUGUCUUCCCUAGGCAGGUUGCACGUGGGGCCUGCCUCACCUGCAAAAGUUGGGCCUUUUCUCCGGGGCCUCCUGCUGUCAGCAUGGUCAGCAUCUGUGAGGAAACUUGGUCAGCAAGAACCAGGCCAAGGCCUGGACCUCCACACCAGGUGGGGUGGGGACUAUUAAUGGCAUUAGGAAAGGGGGCUGGCCCUCCCUCCUCCACCAGCCCUGGCUUGGCCCCAGCACCUAGGGGGUGAGGUAUCCCAGCCCACCGUGCCACUCACAGGUGGCCAGGUACCACUGGUGGAAGUCCUGCAGCUUGGCAGCACCUUUCCUCUUGCGCUUCUGUCCUGGAGCCUCCUCCACACAGGGAGGCACAGAGUAUGGCCUACCUGGGGGCAGGCUGGGGCUGUCUCAAAAGCAGUCAUGGGAUCAGGGUACACCCCCACCCCACGACCCCAUACUCCAGCAAACUGGCCAGGGGAGCCUGAGUGGAGGUCCCUGGCCCAGUUACCUUUCUUAAAGGGCUUAGAGUCCAACGAGUCAAAGGGGUCCAGGCUCUGCCAGGGGUCUGGGGUCUCCUGAGCACAGUGCAAGCAAACGCUGAGGGUGGGUAGACCGCACACUCUUCUUCCCAAGCCCAAAACCAAGUGCAGUGAUAGCCCAGGGAGAGGCUGUCCACUCGACCCAGGGUCAGAGGGUGCCACGCAAGGGAGGGAGGAAGGGCCCAGAGCUAUGGGGGACUUCGAUUUCUGGGAGCAAGCCAGUUCCUCAGAAGAGUGUGGCCAGAAGGGCACUGAGGGCCGCAGGAGCAGAGACACGAUGGGCGUCCUGGAGCACACCCUCCCUGCCCCUCACCUUCAGCUGGGACACGGGCUCCGGGACGCGCUCCCGCUCCCGCAGCAUGUACCUCCUGGACAGGGUACUCUGCAAAAAAAGCGCCCACAGGGUCCCUGUCCUGCCCUUGUCCACACAAGACGCUGGGUGCCCCAGCAGCUCUGCCCUGGGGUCCAUGACAGGAACCCUGCAGGGACCCUCUUUGUGGCAAGUCCACAUAGUUCAAGGACUAAAAACAAAAACCUCAGGGAAUACUCUAGGACAUACCAACUAGCCACGAGAAGACCUUUUUUUCUUUCAAAAUAAAAAACAAAACAUGGACUAUGACAAACAUUCACCCAGAAUUAAUGUCAGCCUUCCCUCCCGUGUGUUGGACU